UGUCUGUUUUUUUUUUUUCUUAAGUACCAUCGAAGACAACAACUUCAUUAGAUUUCUCAACCUAAUAGUAAUAUCAUACCCCUACCACCUUGGCACCUGGCCCUUCUUAUAUGUCCACUCAACCCUCGACUUCUCUUCACUCCCAUUCAUAUCCUUUGCCCUCUUUCUCCCUCAUAUAACCUCCUUUUUCUUUCACUCUUGUUUAUUGAACAUUAGUUUGGUAUAAUCUUGAAAUGGGUGAUAUCUCUUGUUCAAACGGCAUCAGUAAUGGGAAUGGCUUCAACGGAAACGGCCAUGCCCAAAGGAAAAGUUGUUGGUAUGAAGAAGAGAUCGAAGAAAACUUGAGAUGGUGUUUUGCUCUCAAUAGCAUUUUGCACACGGGUGCUACACCAUACCAGGACAUUCAACUCUUGGACACAAAGCCUUUUGGAAAGGCUCUAGUCAUUGAUGGAAAGCUUCAAAGCGCAGAGAUUGAUGAAUUCAUCUACCAUGAAUCUCUUGUACAUCCGGCACUUCUUCACCAUCCAAACCCCAAAAACAUCUUCAUCAUGGGAGGAGGUGAGGGUUCUACAGCAAGAGAAUUGCUAAGGCACAAAACGGUUGAGAAUGUUGCCAUGUGCGACAUUGAUGAGGAAGUGGUGGAAUUUUGCAAGUCAUAUCUGGUGAUUAAUAGAGAUGCUUUCUGUGAUCCUAGACUUGAUCUUGUCAUCAAUGAUGCCAGGGCUGAGCUUGAAAGGAGAGAAGAGCUUUAUGAUGUGAUCAUAGGUGACCUUGCAGAUCCAAUUGAAGGAGGUCCAUGUUACCAACUCUACACCAAGUCCUUCUAUGAAAGUACUGUAAAACCAAGACUCAAUCAGGGUGGUAUUUUUGUAACACAGGCAGGACCAGCUGGAGUUUUCAGCCAUGCGGAAGUUUUUUCUUGCAUCUAUAACACCCUGAGGCAGGUUUUCAAAUAUGUUGUGCCCUAUUCAGCACAUAUUCCUUCCUAUGCCGACAUCUGGGGAUGGAUCAUGGUCUCUGAUUCGCCAUUGAUCCUGAAUGCCGAUGAAUUGGACCUGAGGAUGAAACAAAGGAUCAAAGGUGAAAACAGAUAUCUUGAUGGCCAAACAUUCACAUCAGCCUCCACCUUAAGCAAAGCUGUUCGGAAAUCAUUGGACAAUGAGACUCACGUUUACACGGAAGAAAAUGCGAGGUUCAUCUAUGGCCAUGGCACUGCCCAGAAGCACAAUCAACCCUGAAACUGAAAACACAAGGGAGCUCCCACAUACAGAAAAGAGACACAAAUGACAGAGAGUUAAAAGCAAACUUUUCUCUUUUUUUCUCAUGGUUUUCCCAGCUGUCCAUUAUCCUUCUCCCACUUUUCUUUUUUCUUGGCUACUAGUAGUAAUCUUCUUUUUGCCUAUGCAGUGACUUGAAAGAAAUGAAAUAUAUUAAUGCAAAAUGGGCGUUUGUGAACUUUGAUUUGGUUUCACC